AUUAUAUUUCAAUAAAAUAACUAAUGUGAAUAGAACGUGUAAAUAUAGACAAAAUUCUUAUUUCCGAUUAAAUUCCGGAUUAUCGAUCCGGUAAUAUAGCCAACGGCGGCGUCGAUCACAUUUCUCGUUUCUCCGAUGUUGAAACCUCAAGCGCCGUCGAUUACCUCCUCCGCUGCUUCCUCUCACUUCAUCUGCUGAUGAAACCGCCACAACCACCACCACUACCACCACCGUGUUCUGUUACUGUCGUUACUGAACACUCCUCAUCCUCCUCCAGUUCUCCGUCCAUUUCACCUGCUACUACCUCCGACAUGUGGAAUUACGUAUGGAUCCCUUUUCUGCUGUCUCUCAUGAAAGAGGUCAGCUCCGCUAACGCUGCUUCCGAGUCAAAAAUCUUCUUGCCCUCUGCUUCUGUUGCUGGUUUGACUUCAUCGUGUCCUGCGCCGGAUCCUAAGCUGAAUUACCGCCCGAUAAUCGGAAUUCUCAGCCAUCCAGGCGAUGGUGCCUCCGGUCGACUUAAUAACGCUACUAACGCCUCGUAUAUUGCUGCCUCGUAUGUCAAAUUUGUUGAAUCUGCCGGAGCUAGGGUCAUUCCUCUCAUCUAUAAUGAACCUUCGGAGGUUCUACAGAGUAAACUCAAUCUGAUCAAUGGAGUGAUCUUCACCGGUGGAUGGGCUAAGACUGGCCUGUACCUUGAUGUUGUAGACAGAAUUUUUAAGCAAGUUCUGAAGAAGAAUGAUGCAGGCGACCAUUUCCCAUUGCUUGCAAUAUGCUUAGGUUUUGAACUCCUAACAAUGAUUGUUAGCAAAAACAAUGAAAUCCUUGAAAGCUUUAGUGCAUCAGAUCAAGCUUCAACACUCCAGUUCAUUAAGAACAUAAACAUUGAAGGAACUUUGUUUCAAAGAUUUCCUCCUGAGUUACUUGCAAAGAUGAGCACAGAAUGCCUGGUGAUGCAAAACCAUAAAUUUGGCAUAUCACCAGAAACUUUUCAAGGAAACAUGGAACUCUGCAGUUUCUUCAAGAUCUUAACAACCAGUGUUGAUGAAAAUAACGAGGUAUAUGUAUCAACAGUUCAAUCAAAAAGUUACCCUGUGACAGCUGUCCAAUGGCACCCAGAGAAAAAUGCUUUUGAGUGGGGAUUAUCGAUGAUUCCACAUUCAGAUGAUGCAGUUCAAGUGACUCAACAUGUUGCCAACUUCUUUGUGAGUGAGGCUAGAAAAUCGUACAACAGGCCGCCUACAAAGGAAGUGCUGGAUAAUCUAAUUUACAAUUUCAGCCCCACUUAUUGUGGGUAUGCUGGGAAGGGAUACGAUGAGGUUUACAUCUUCACUGAUAAGAUUGCUCGAAUGUGA